AACAAGGAGAUCGCUAGACUGCGUGGCUAGAGAGGUCGGAGGCAAGUGGAUGUAGAAGUCGGGCGGACCCGGAAUCCGGAGGAAUCGGGACCAUGACUUAUGCUUAUCUCUUCAAGUACAUCAUCAUCGGGGACACAGGUGUGGGGAAGUCAUGUCUCCUCCUGCAGUUUACAGACAAGCGGUUCCAGCCAGUCCACGACCUCACAAUAGGUGUGGAGUUUGGAGCCCGUAUGGUCAACAUUGAUGGAAAACAAAUCAAACUGCAAAUAUGGGAUACGGCUGGGCAAGAAUCCUUCCGUUCUAUCACACGUUCCUACUACAGGGGAGCAGCUGGAGCCUUACUGGUGUAUGACAUUACAAGGCGUGAAACCUUCAACCACCUGACUUCAUGGUUAGAGGAUGCCCGGCAACACUCUAGCUCCAACAUGGUUAUCAUGCUGAUUGGGAAUAAGAGUGACCUAGAGUCCCGAAGAGAUGUGAAAAGAGAAGAAGGAGAGGCCUUUGCUCGGGAGCAUGGUCUUAUUUUCAUGGAAACUUCAGCCAAAACAGCCUGCAAUGUUGAAGAGGCCUUUAUUAACACAGCCAAAGAAAUAUAUAGGAAGAUCCAGCAGGGUUUAUUUGAUGUCCACAAUGAGGCAAAUGGCAUCAAGAUUGGUCCCCAGCAGUCAACUUCAACAUCAGUGGGACCCAGUUCCUGCCAGCGGAAUCGCGACAUAGCGUCCAGCUCUAGCUGCUGCUGAACAUCGGAUCUGAACUUUUUUUUUUUUUUUUCCUUCCCGAAACAGCUUCAGAUCAAUAGGUUUAAAGAAAGAGGUCUUACUUGCUUUGACUGACAGCAGCCUCUUUUCAAGGUGUGAUGUUUUGCCUUUCCACUUAAAGACCAGGGGAGAAUUGGGGCUAUUACUGACCUGUCCUUCUUCAGGGACGUGACCAUUCCCUAGAGAUUAGGGCUCCUUUCAUCCUCCUAUUUAAAUUUCCAGAAUGCUAGGAUCAAGUUCGUUGUCAUAGUAGUUCAAAAAUAAAUAAUUUCAUCACCAUAUACCAUCUGCUCCCCACCAAGAAUUAGUAAGAAGGGUCAAAGAUAUUCUUGAACACAUGAGAUUACUGGGAUCUGGCUGGCCUUUGGAUGAUAGAUCAUCUGCCUAGGAAUUUCAUUGAGUUUUUUACUCCUUGCCUUUGGGGAGGUCUGUUUGCCACUUCAUAGAGUUCUUGCAGAAAGGAGUUUCUUCUCCCUGCUCGAGGACACUGAGUACUUUUCUACUCCCCUUUCACUAGUUUCUUCAAGAGCAGCAGAAUUGGUCCUGGCCCUAGGACCUCUCAUUGCCUAAAGAAAAUAUUCAUUCCCUGUUCGUUUUGUUUUAGAGACCAAAUCUAACAUUGCAGUGUCUUUCACCAAAUUGACCUGUAUUGUUUGAUCACACUGUAACUAGACCUACACUUUCUACUUUAAUCAAGCUAAUCUGCUUACUAACAUGACACAUUUAUUCCUACUUCUAUACCUUUGCACAUGCCCUGUUUCCACUAACAUUAUAAUUACAAGUCCAAAAAGUUUGCCUUUAGGAAGCCUUCAGUGACCUGAGACCUUCUAAGCAGUUAUUGACGAAGUAUCCCUUAGCUUUCAUAUAUUAGUUAUUUAUAUGUAUAUUCAUAUAUAUAUAUUUAUUUAUUUGUAUGUACGUUACUUUGUAAAUACAUUUUGUAGUUGUUUGUGUAGACUCUGUCUCCCCAUGCAAGUUGUAAGCUCUGUGAGAGCAGCAUUCAUGUCAUCCUUUAUUUUUAUAAAACAUUCUUCCCACCAUUCCUUCACGGUGCAUAGUGCUACUCAUUAUGUGAUCAUUGAAUUUAUUUUAGACUUCAGAGGAAACAAAAGGCCUUAGAGUCAUCUCGUUGUAAUUUCUCUCUGUCUCUUCCGUCUGUUUAUCCUUGGGUUCUAUUUUGUUCUCCUAACCUCUCCUGCCUUUCUCUGACUCUGCCUUUAUUCCAUAAAGCAUACAGUAAGACUGCCUACUACCACACAAAUAGAUGGGGAUUUCUCCAGCCAUUCUCUUCCUUUUCAGAGAAUAUAAUACUAUCCUAGCCACAUUUGCCUUUGCUUAUCUCAUCAUGCAGCAUUCUGGGGCAGUUACUAUGUCUUUUUUAUUUAAUGUUCCAUUCUCUUCCACAGCACUUAGGUCUCAUGAGUUUUUAAAUCUUUUAUUGUUAAAUGAAUUGUUUCAUUAUUAAAAUAUGCAU